UUAACCAACAAAACCGAAACCUAUUUCCCUUGAUAUUCAUUCCUCUCUCUUAUCCCUUCCUUUAACACAAAUGUACUACUCUCAAGCGAUUUCUUUGCCAUCAUAAUCCAUACAUCUUUUGUUUUGUGGUCGCCGGCGCCACCAUUCAUCGUCGGUAUCUGACCCCUCAUUCAUCUUCGUUUUUGCCUCAUGGGCCAACCACCUCGCCGUGAGUCAUAUUCCGGUCCCUUGUCGUCGACCGGCUUUCCUAAGGAUCGUCAUUAUCAUCACCACCAUCACUAUCAUCAUAGUUACUCUCAUGACCCGCGUCUAUUCGAGUUUGUUGAAAAAGAGGAGGCUAAUAAUUUAGUCUCGCCUUUUGGCAAACUCGAACGCUUGAGUCUAGAUGAUAUUAGGGAGACGGCCUAUGAAAUAUUUUUCACGGCAUGUCGGUCGACUCCUGGGUUUGGCGGACGGAAUGCACAUUCGUUCCAUUCGAAUAAUAAUAAUAAUAAUCAGAAUGAGUCCAAGCCGAGCCAGGUGGUGAUGUCGCCGACGAGUAGGGUGAAGAAGGCUUUGGGUUUGAAGAUGUUAAAAAGGUCACCGUCGAGGAGAAUGACUUCCGGUGGAACUAGUGGAGGGCCGUCCUCGCCAAUCGGCGGAAGCAGCCCUUAUCAUCAUUCCAUGUCGUUGUCAAGGCCACGGAGGCCGAUGACAUCGGCAGAGAUCAUGAGACAACAGAUGAAGGUGACAGAGCACAAUGAUAAUCGCUUGAGAAAAAUCGUAAUGAGGACCCUUGUUGGCCAAGCAGGAAGAAGAGCAGAAACAAUAAUUCUCCCAUUAGAACUUUUACGCCAUCUAAAACCGACAGAAUUCAGUGAUUCUCAUGAGCAUCACAUGUGGCAGAAGAGACAGCUCAAAGUCCUUGAACUAGGCCUUCUUAUACACCCUUCAAUCAGCGUCGAGAAAAACAACAUGUUUGCGACACGCCUGAGAGACAUCAUACGUAGUUGCGAGUUGAAACCAUUAGACAAUGGCAAAAACUCAGACACAAUGAGAACACUUUGUAACUCAGUUGUUUCGUUAGCAUGGAGAGGUCCAAAUGGAACACCAACUGAUAUUUGUCAUUGGGCUGAUGGUUUUCCUCUCAACAUUCAUUUCUACAAUUCGCUUCUUCAAGCUGUUUUCGAUAUUCGGGACGAGACAUUAGUCCUUGAUGAAGUUGAUGAAUUGCUUGAGUUGAUUAAGAAGACAUGGUCCAUUUUGGGAAUAACAAGGUCAAUUCAUAAUGUGUGUUUCUCUUGGGUUUUGUUUCAACAAUAUGUAGUAACUGGUCAAGUUGAGUCUGAUCUUCUAUGUGCUUCACAUGUUAUGUUGAGUGAAGUUGCUAAUGAUGCUAAGAAAGAAAAAGAAUCUUCUUAUCUUAAGUUGUUGACAACAGUUUUGACUUCAAUGCAAAGUUGGGGUGAGAAGAGGUUGCUUAAUUACCAUGAGUUUUUUCCUAGAGGAACUACAAAUCAAAUUGAAAGUCUUCUUCCGUUGGUUUUGUUGGUCUCGAAGAUUUUGGGUGAAGAUCUGGUGAUAUCUGACAAGGAAGGAAGAGAGAAAGGAGACGUUACCAUUGUCGAUUCAUCUGGUGAUAGGGUUGAUUUAUAUAUUAGAUCUUCCAUGAAAAAUGCAUUUGACAAGGUGAUUGAGGCAGUGAAUGCAAAGUAUGCUGAAAUGCAAAUAAAAGGAGAACUAAGUGCAAUUCUGAUUCACCUAGCUCAAGAGACAGAAGAUUUGGCGAUAAAAGAAAGACAAAGUUUUAGUCCAAUAUUAAAGAAAUGGCGCCCUGCAGCAGCUUCAGUUGCAGCCUUGAUGUUGCACAGUUGCUAUGGCCAUGUGCUAAGGCAAUAUUUAAGUGAUGUGACUUCACUCACUUCUGAGGCAGUUGAAGUACUUCAAAGAGCUGAAAAAUUAGAAAAAGUUUUUGUUCAAAUGGUUGUUGAAGAUUCUCAUGAGGAUGAUGACGAUAAUGGCAAAACAGUUGUGAAAGAUAUGGCUCCUUAUGAAGUUGAUUCGGUUAUAUUGAAUCUUUUGAGAAAAUGGAUCGACGAAUCAUUGUACACCGGAAGGGAGUGUUUCCAAAGAGCGAAAGAAACUGAAACAUGGAAUCCAAAGUCUAAAUCAGAGCUAUAUGCACAAUCAGCAGCAGAGUUGAUGAAAUCGGCCAAGACAACUGUAGAUGAAUUCUUUCAAAUUCCAAUAGGAAUAACUGAUGAGUUAGUUCAAGAACUUGCUGAUGGAUUGGAAAGUCUCAUCCAAGAAUACGUGAUGUUUGUCGCAGCAUGUGGUUCGAAACAAAGCUAUGUUCCGGUACUUCCUCCAUUAACAAGAUGCAGCCGCGAUUCAAAGAUCUCCAAGCUGUGGAAGAAGGCCACUCCUUGUGGUACAAACUUAACAGAGCUAGAUCAUUUGACCGGAUUGAAUGAGGGUCACAAUCCAAGGCCAUCAACUAGCCGAGGCACGCAACGCCUAUACAUUCGUCUCAACACGUUACACUACCUCCUUGCUCAUGUCCACGCUCUUGAAAAAUCGCUAUCACAAAACCCUAGCCUAGUCCCUUCCACAAGGCAUUGCUUCGCAAACAACCUUAAAACACAAAGCAGCAAAAGCGGUACAUAUUUCGAAACACUAAACUCCGCAAUUCCAGCAGCACUUCAACAUGUUUCAGAAGUCGCUGCGUACCGUCUCAUAUUCCUUGACUCGAACUCAGUCUUCUACGAUAGCAUCUACGUCGAAGACGUUGCCAACACGCGAAUUAGGCCAGCUUUGAGAAUCUUAAAACAGAAUCUCACACUCAUGACAACACUAUUGAUAGAUAGAGCUCAACCAAUGGCGAUGAAAGAAGUAAUGAGAGCUUCCUUCGACGCAUUCCUAAUGGUUUUGCUUGCUGGUGGAAAUUCAAGAGUGUUUAACCGGUCGGAUCAUGUUAUGAUCCAAGAGGAUUUCGAGAGCUUGAACAAAGUUUUCUGCACUUGUGGUGAAGGAUUGGUGUCAGAAAAUGUUGUGGAGAGAGAGGCUGCAGUUGUGGAAGGUGUAAUAGGAUUGAUGGGACAAAAUACUGAACAAUUGAUGGAAGAUUUCAGCAUUGUAGCAUGUGAAACAAGUGGGGUUGGAGUUAUGAGCAAUGGACAGAAAUUGCCUAUGCCUCCUACUACUGGAAGGUGGCAUAGAUCAGAUCCUAACACAAUAUUAAGGGUUUUGUGCCAUAGAAAUGAUAAAACUGCAAACUAUUUCCUAAAGAGGACUUUCCAAUUAGCAAAGAGGAGAUGAUAUGCAUCGGAGGUCAGGGCCGUAGGACAUGCAACGCAAUCGCAGAGGGUCCAAGAUUUGUCACAGUUAAACCGUGGUUAAAUAGAAUAUCUAUUUGUUGUGUCAUGGUUAAUCUACACAAGGCCUUCAAAAACUUAAGACGGCUCUGCUGACGGUAUAAAUAUUCUUACGCUGUCAACCAAUCAUAAUUAUCGAAUUAUUAAAAAAAUACUCGACUUUAAUCAUAUCUAUCUAAAAAAUAAUACAAGUGAUAUAGUUUAUGAUUGAUCGGUUGGCAGUGUAAGAAAAUUUGCAUUGAGAGUGCAUCAAAAAAUUUGCAGUGACAGAAUCUGUGCUGAAUUGUAUAUUUACACACAGAUAUUCUUUAAUUUUUUUUGGGAGAAAAAAGAGAGAGAUAAAAUGGUGUUUUUUUUAUUAGUGUAUAGUUUGUUAAUAUUGCAUAUAGUCUAUGAGUAGCAUGUAUAGCUGGAAUAUGUUACCAGCAGUUAAGCUGCUAUUAGUCUAAACUGCAGAUUACAGAAAACAGAAAGAAAAAUGCUUCUUUUUUUCUUUCUAAUUUGUGUGAACUAUAAAUGGCUUUAUGAAGAAAGUGUAUUGUUAAUAA